AUGGCUCAUCAACAAGGAUACCCGCAGCAACAACAGCAGAUGCAGCACGCAAGCAAUGACAGAGGUGCUUUUCCAGGCGGCACGUACAGCAUUGCCCACCGCGACACCAACGCCGUUCUCAAUGUGGACCUCCAGCAAGGCGCCAUGGUGCGCUCCAAGUCGGGUGCCAUGAUUCACAUGUCUGGCUCGAUCGAACUAGCUGGAAAGUCCAAGUUCUCUCUUGGAAAGCUCUUCACGGGCGGCAACUUGUAUGAGUCGACGUACACCGGCCCAGGACGUGUCGCUCUCGGCCCAACGCUGUUUGGAGAUAUCAUUACCCUACCGGUCGACGGUCACCAGUCUUGGACUAUCGGCAGAGAUGCGUUCCUGGCCAGCACUUCUGAGGUUUCGAAGAAGAGGGAGACUCAGGGUAUCGGCAAGGCGCUGUUCUCGGGGGAAGAUCUCUUUGUCUUUCGUAUUGAGGGUCAAGGCAUUAUGUGGCUGACGAGCUUUGGUGCUGUCGACCGACUAGAUCUUCGACCUGGAGAGGAACAUAUUGUUGAUAACGGGCAUCUCGUGGCCUGGAGCUGCAAGUACUCCAUUGAAAAGGCUGGCGGGGGAGCUUUAACUGGAAUGAAGACGGGCGAGGGCCUGGUAUGCCGUUUCACCGGUCCCGGCUCGGUUUAUGUGCAGACGCGAAACAUGGAUGAGUUUCAGUCAUUUAUCAAGGCAACUGUUGGAGCUUAG